AUGGUCCGGUACGAUAAACGAGUCAGGCCAAACGCCGACACCCAACAUCCAGUCAUCAUCCACAUGACCAUCGUGCUCGGCAUUUUAACUGAAGUGAGAGAAAAUCAACAAGUCGCCAGUUUCGUGAUCUCUCAUGUGCAGCGCUGGCACGACCCUAAACUGCAGUGGGAACCGGAGAAGUUCAAUGGUCUGAAGCAGGUGGUAAUGCCGCAAAAUCUCGUCUGGGUGCCAAAGUUGUUCAUCUACAACAGUAUGGACACGAAAAAUAUGCUUACCGAAGAUCGCUAUGACGUUCGAGUCCAACACACUGGUCAUGUGAAAAUUAACAUUCCGCAAUUUGUUACCACUUUGUGUCGGAUCGACAUCGAUUUGUUCCCGUUCGAUACACAGUUUUGUGCAAUCGCUUUAGCCUCUCCGUUACUAUCGGUAGAGGAGAUGGACGUGAACGCUACACAACCCCCAAAAGACUCGUAUUUUUCGGGAAAUGCCGAAUGGGAGGUGAUGAACGUGACGGUACGGCAAAUGAAGUUUAUGGAGGAUGGUGAAUAUCGGGCCGAGGUUCAUUACAUUCUUCAUCUGAAUCGUCGUCCAAUCUACUACAUAACCGUUAUCGUUGUGCCGACAUUUCUCAUCUCAGCACUCUCGAUUUUGGGAAUUUUCUCACCUGGAUCGAAUGACGGCCCGAGGAACGAGAAGGUGAACGACUGA